ACUCUCAUCAGGUCUAAAAGGACAGUGAGUGAGGGACUCAGUGUGUAAUUGGACUAACACAUUAAAGACCCUGAUACACUUGCUGUAUUUGAACAGUGUAACGGAAUGGACCUAGACCAAACAGAGCCUGUGGACCACCUAGGCCAGCACCUAUCAUCGGCACCUCCAAACAAACCAAUCACAAACUCACAAUGUGUCCACCGGGGGCGGGACAUUCCAAUAAACAGGAAUCAUGCUGUUACUGCUCAAACACAACCCGAGAUGGCUUCAUCCUCACCAACGCAGACAACUGUGACAGACUUGGUUUGCCAUGCCCCUGUCCCUGGCGAUGACCAAUCCAAACACAGCGUGCAGCAUGUCCUGUUGCGUGAGCUUCUGUACAUGUCAGACGAAAUCGCCCACCUGCGCCAGGUGAGCCACUGCCUGGCCGAGUACGAACGGACGCUGAGUCGGCUGGAGUUGGAGAACGCCCAGCUGAGGAACAUGGAGUCUGACCUGCUAGAGAGCGCCGAGGUCAGCGAGAGAGGCCUCAGGCUGGCCAGGGAGAGUCGCCGCCACAAGGACCAGGAGAUCCACGACCUGAGAGAGGCCAACUGGGUCCUGGCUCUCACCAACGACAGGCUGAAAGAGGCCUGCCGGGAGAAGGAUAGGUGUCUGGUGGAUUGCCAGACCAAGUGGAGUAGGAAGCCUGGGGGGAUGCUACCGUUUGCGGAGGAAGGGGAAAGGAGGACAUUGCUGGGCCAUGGAAAUAAGGGAGGUGAGGGAAGUGAGGAAUCGGUGGAGGAGAAAGGCUCUCUGCAUGAGAAGAAGGAGCUCUACAGCAACUCUAUAGCAGACUACAGUCUUCACCUACAUCUCAAAGGGAGCGGAGGGGAUCCGUGCUUUGAGAUGCAGCUUCCCUUGAGUUCAGAGGGGCCAGGUGUGGCUCAAGUAUGCCUUCUUCUAAGACAACUGGAGACCGAAGUCCACAGUCCGGGUAAGACGGAUGCAGGCAGGAACCAAGCCAUCUGGAACUUUGGUGCCAGCCUUGGGAAAUUGCAUAAAACAUUGAAAGGAGGAGAGAUAGAUGAUGAAGUGGAAUAUGGGAUUGAUGAUGAUCAGAAAGGGGCUCCAUGCACUAAAGACAGUAUGGAGGAAGAAGCAGAAGCACUUGAGGAGGCUGAAUUCAUUGAAGAGGACUUUGUUGAGGUCUGUAGGCCUAUUCAUUCAUCCAUUAUCCCUCCCAUCAUACAUUUUAGCAAAUGAUCAAUCUCUUACUACAUCCUUUUUCUC